AUGGCGCUGCGGGCGUCUGCGUACCGCACGGCCUCUGGCGCAGAGGUUGCGGUUUCGCUGCAAGUGGUGGCUGAGCGGCGGGCGCCGAGCGAUCUCUGCUUGGUCAUCGAUGUGUCGGGCUCUAUGCAGCUGCCCGCCAUCUUGAAGGACCGGGAGGCCAAUGCGGAGCUGAGUAUCUUGGACAUUGUUGUGCACAGCUGCCGUUCGGUGGUCCACACCUUGUCUGCCGAGGACACCCUGGGCAUCGUGACCUACUCGGACCAGGCGGCGGUGGUCCUGGAGCCCACCGCCAUGAGCGAGCCCGGCAAGGCGCGGGCGGAGGAGGCCCUGCAAAAGCUGCGGGCAGAUGGCCAAACCAACCUUUGGCAAGGCCUGGAGACGGCGCUGGACCUGCUGCGGCGCUCUCCGCGGCCGGGGGCGCUGGGCUCGGCGCUGCUUCUCACCGAUGGAAAGCCCAACGUCGAGCCCACCGGCGGACACUUGGCGGCCCUGCAAAGGUAUAAGGAGCAGCACGGGUUGCCCUGCACGCUGCAUACCUUCGGCUUCGGCAGCGACCUGGACUCUGAGCUGCUGGACCAGUUGGCGGCCGCUGCCGGGGGAGUCUACGUCUUCAUCCCGGACGCCGGCUUCGUGGGCACCGCGCUGGUGAACUGCACCGCCGCGGCCGUCACGGCCGCGGGGCGGAACCUGCGGCUCUCGGUGGCCGCGGCGCCGAAUGUGGCGCUGAAGGGCUGCGUGGGGUACGAGCUGGGGCCGUGCUUGGAGCUGGGAUCGGUGCAGCUGGGUCAAAGCAAGGCCUGGGAAAGGGGCCUGGAGAGAAAUCCGUGGGAGGAUGACCUGGAUGAAUCAGAUGUGCCUUGA